CGAGCCUUGUUUUGGGCUUCCAUUUCCCCUCUUCUCGUUAUCCAGUCCAGCAGAGCCCGCAUCGGUGAGGAGAUGAGCAGCCCCUGCACCCGCCGCCGCCGCCGCCGCUCGUCGGCGGCGCCGCUGGAGGACGAAGACCUCCUCUCAGAGAUCCUCGUCCGCCUGCCCCCGCUGCCGUCCUCCCUCCCCCGCGCAUUCCUCGUCUGCGAGCGCUGGCGCGGCAUCGUAUCCGACGCCCGAUUCCUCCGCCGCUUCCGCCUCCACCACCGCCGCAAUCCUCCCCUCCUCGGCUGCUUCGUCCAAGGUAUCUCCCCCGUCCAUUUCGAACCUACGCUGGAUGCCCCCAAUCGCGUCCCGCAAGCCCGCUUCCCCUUUCCCAUCGACGCCGUCCACACCUACGUGAUCCUCGGAUGCCGCCAUGGCCUCAUGCUCAUCUUCCUCUGGCGGCGGAACCAGCUCCUGGUAUGGGAUCCCAUCACCGGUGACCGGCACCACCUAGACGUCCCCCCAGGGUUUGACAAUGAGGAAACCAUGAUUAGCGGAGCGGUGCUUCGUGCUGCCGGAGUGCCCCACCGUUUCCAGGUUGUCUUGGUAGGCAACAGUGGCAUACAUCAUUCACAGGCUGUGGCCUCGGUGUACUCGUCGGACACUGGUGUAUGGAGCAAUCUCGUGUCGACGCUGCUUCCGGCCAACGAUCCUGAUGUACUCACCAUGGUUUACCAUGACAUGUGCUCUGUGAUGGUUGGGAAUUCCCUGUACUGGUUCCUUAUAGGGAAUUUCUGUGGAAUACUUGAAUUUAAUUUGGAUAGGCAGAGCCUUAGUGUGAUACAUGUGCCAGUGGACGUCGAUGUCAACACUUGCUCCAUCACGGUUAUCCGGGCGGAGGGUGGUGGCCUUGGUUUCCUCUUCCUGUCAGACUACUGCGUCCAAGCAUGGAAGUGGAAGACGGACUGUGAUGGUGUAGCUUCAUGGGUGCUGGAAAGAACUGUUGCACUAGACAAGCUACUUUCCAUGAAUUCAGAGGAGGGCAGUCAGAGCCCAAGGAUACUCGGGUUUGCUGAGGACAACAAUGUGGUGUUACUGUGGACAUUUAUCGGCGUCUUCAAAGUCCAGUUUGAAUCGUUGCAGUUUAAGAAACUUCUUGAAUCCUACCGCUUUUACUGCUGGUUUCACUAUUAUCCAUUUGAAGGUGUCUAUACUGCAGAUGCGGGCAUAAUGUGAUUUGUUGGGAUAGGCAUGCUAUCUUGAUGUAUUGACUCAGCAGGUACCAAGCAUUACAUUUCCAUUGUCUGGGAUGCAGAAAUGGACUAUUUGCUGUCGGUUCUUCCAUUCUGUAUGCUGCGCAUAGGGCCUUUGAUGUCAACUUGUAGGAAUUAACCUUCUAUAUAUCAGGCCCUGGUAAAUGUGAUGUGAACUUGUAGCAAUUAACAUGUCCUGGCCAACAGUAACUUGGGAUUAAUCUUCUCAGCUGUGAACUGCCAUCAGUUGUCUGAUCUCCGUAGGCAAUAUUUGAACUGGCAGGAAGAGAAAUGAACUUGCCUAGCGUUGGCCCUGUCGCUGAA